ACUUUGGUACCUGUCGGGACCGCUAUGGCGCUUUUCUGUGCGACGAAAACGUCGCGUGUGGCUGACGUGAAAACGAGAUCGUGCAAACCCUCUCAAGGACCUCCUUACAGCUGGUCUUCAGCCAACCAUUAUUACACGGUGUUUCUGCGAAUAACGAGAUUUUCAAAAUGAUCUGUGCUAUAGUAAUACUUGGAACUAUCGCCAUGGUUCAUGGUACCGUGUAUAUGCCCCCUAUGAAGGAACACUUCUUCACGGACAUGCUGUUUCGUGAGUUGGUCGACCGGAUGGGUAACGAAUUAGUAGACGCGGCUGAUUCCUAUUUAGAACUUCAAGAUGGUUCGCGAGUGACUAAUGAGUAUGAAAAGGCAAAGGAAAUUCCAGCUGAACUUCCAAUGGAUUAUGAUGGCAUUGAUACACCUAAUCCGAAUCCGAGCAUUCGGGACCAAGAGUACCUUCAGCAUAGUUCUCUCUGGAGUCAUCAGAGACUCCAAAAUGGGGAGAUUAGUAAUGACAGACAUAGAAUCCAGCCUGGUGGCUUGAAGGGUAUUAAAGAUGAGAAAACUGAAAGCAAUCUUCCAGCAUACUGCACACCACCAAAUCCUUGCCCAAUUGGAUACACAAGUGAAAAUCAUUGCAUCGUUAAUUUCGAAAACACAGCUACCUUCAGUCGGGAUUUUCAAAGUGCCCAGGACUGCAUGUGUGACACUGAACAUAUGGUCGAUUGUUCAAACGGAAUUGAAAAUAAUAAUGCUUUAUCCAACAUGCACAUCUCUAACUCUGAUUUCGAUCAAAUCGUCGAACAAUUUCAGGAGGAAAAUCCAUUCUUCCGCGGUGAGAAAUUACCAAUCGCAGCCAAAAAGGGGAUAAACGUCGGUUACUAAAUUAUAAAUAAUUUCGUCUAAAUGAAAUCUUUAUUCAAAUUUUUGAUUGAUACUUUCCAAAGAGAAAAAUGCUGGUAGUUUUUCUUUUAUGGAAUAUAAAGUACAACGCUAUCAGAUUGGUACUAAACAUUCAAAAAGCUUUGUCACAUAAUACAAUAACGCGGCAUAUGUAUAUACAGUGCUAUUCAGGAUUUCUAUCAAUUAUUAUGAUGGAUCAUCUACAGCUGGUACAGCAGCUCGGAAUAAUACUAUAUGUAUAUGGAGUCAAUAUAUUAACGAAUAGUUUCUUCAAGCCUGGACCAAAGUGACACAAAGUUAAUGAUGAAGGGUAUUUAAGAUGCUUGAAAUAUGCCAAAUAUUCUCAAGGAAGGUACACCAAAAGUUAUAGGGGCGUCAUAUGAAGCUGUUAAAUCUUGGGAUUAAAUAAAAAUAAAUUGAUAGCCAUUUGAAUGAGAAGCAGAAGUAUUCUAAAAAUAUUAAUGAAUGCAAAAUCAAUUUGCUUGAACAUUAAAAUAAUGCUGAGGAAAUAUUUUGUCGCGACAGUGAAAAUAUUUUUUCUCCCAUUGAGCAUCGUGCCAUAUCAAGGAAUUAAAUUAAAACUCAAAUUUUUAACAUAAAAAAUAUGUAAAUGUAAUCUGAGCAUUAUUUCCGUGUAGCGAUACGCUGUGUCCAGAGGAUAUCACAUUAUCGAUAAAAUAUAUUUUAUUAUUUGUCAGUUA